AUGGAAAUCUCUUUUAAAGGGAAAAGAGUGCUUGUUACUGGUGCUGGCCAAGGUAUCGGUCGGGCGAUAGCGAUCGAUCUGUGGCGUGCAGGAGCAAAAGUUGUGGCUUUGUCUCGGACUAGAUCGCAUCUAGAGAGCUUGAAGAAUGAAUAUCCAGCGAUUGAUAUAGUGGACGUUGACGUCGCAGACUGGGACAAGACUCGAGAACUGGUCGACUCCCUUGGUCAUUUCGAUGCUCUUGUAAAUAAUGCGGCCGUAGCAAUAUGUGAACCUUUCUUGGAAUGUACGACAAAGGCUUUCGAUUUAAUGGCAAACGUUAACGUCAAAUCCAUAAUUAAUAUUAGUCAAGUAAUAGCGAAAAAGAUGAUUGACAAUAAAACAAAAGGAACUAUCGUCAAUAUUUCUUCGCAAGCAUCAAAGGCCGCAUUAAAGGAUCAUACAAUUUACUCAGCAUCAAAGGCCGGGUUAGACUCUAUUACACGAUCUAUGGCGUUAGAACUCGGACCAUAUGGAAUUAGAACAAAUGCUGUUAAUCCUACAGUGACUAUGACAGCAAUGGCUCAGGUUGGCUGGUCAGACCCUGAGAAGGCAGAGGGGAUGCUAUCAAAAAUACCUCUUGGACGAUUCGCUGAAGUAUCUGAAGUUUCGGAUGCCGUCCUUUAUCUUCUUAGCGACAAAGCGAGCAUGAUCAAUGGUGUCGAGUUGCCGAUAGACGGCGGAUUUUUGGCUACAUAG